AUGACAACUCCUAACCAUGGCUCCCAAGCUGCCGACCCUGUCAACGACGAGCGUGAUACCCAGGCAUCGACCACCGCCGUUCAGGUCGCGGAACCGCUUCCCGGUCCCGUGAUCUAUCUGAUCCAAACACCACCGACGGGUGCACCUAGCGCCACUGCUGCUGGAGCAGGAAAUCGUGCAACGAGGCGGACUCCUUCCAGGACGCGUAAUGCCCGCGGACCACGUGAGGUCAUAGACCUCGACGCGUUCGUCGCUGGACUGCCUGCCCCUGACGACGACCUAGGCGAGCUUGACGACAUUGCCCCGCCUACUUUCACGGCUCCUACGGCGGCUCCCGCUGCUGCACUUACCCAAGACACAACAACUGGCAACGACCAGGGAACGGCAGGCGUGACUGCGGCUGGAGACCCCGCGGAAUCCAACCCUUCUAACGGUCGUCGGCGCGCAUCGACUUCUAGCCGCGGUCGUACCGGGACACUGACGGUGACAGGAUGGCAACCGGACGAAGAAAUGUUGCUUGCGGAAGUCAGGCACGACCUGGAUGCUGACUUACGAGGAAUGCGUGGCAUCCAAGGAGCUAACUACAAUGUCGCGCUCCUGGAAGAACUGAUUCGCCACCGUCCUGACUUCCGCUUCGGGUUGGCUGCAGUGAAAAGCAAAAUGCAGCGGAUGAUUGACCGAUACAAGCAACUCCGUGAGAUUACGGCGGGGGAUGCAACUGCUACCGGUGGACCUUCCGACCAUGCGCCGCCAUCCGCCACAGUCUCAGUGCCCAUUCAGUCACCCACGAGGGCGGGUCCUCCGACUCGCGUCCGCGGCCUGAGGGGGCCUCUGUUGCCUCCUGCAACAUCAAGCACGACGGGCGUGUCAGACAUUGGUGGUUUGGGAGACACUUCAAUUUCAGCUGAACUCGUGCAAGGAAUUGAGGCAUCACUCGAGCGUGUUAUUGACCGUGGAGUGGACCGUCUCCUUCGCCAUACCCGAGAGUUGGCGCGUUCUCUUCGAGAUGAGAAAGCCUCCAAGAAGCAAAAAGAUAAUUCCGAAGGCGAUCGCGACGACGCUCAGGAGUAA